AAAAUUCCAUCGAGGACCGACCGACGCCCCACGUACAUGAGCGUCACCAUCAUCGGCGUCCAAGUCGGCGGGAGGUUGCUCGAGAUCGCUUACGACAUGAAGAUGACACUCGUAUUACUCGGUGUCCUCGCAUACGUUGGCUACCGUGCUCGGACCGCCAACCGCGUGCCAGCGAAACAAAUAUGCGAAGCGACGCUUGCUUCCGAACGCGUGUUCCACGAACUCUUGCGCGCCGAAGAGGUACAGAUGGCUCACAACACCAAGUCCACAUCCCCGCUCAACGUCCGAAGAAAGAAGAAGAAGAGUGCUCACAAGCAGACGGAUGCUGCUCCUAUAGGUAAACAUCGCAGUCCAGGAAUCCGCACCGCGACCCCGACACAACCUGAGCGCGUUGAAACAGAGAGACUUUCAGACGCCUUGGACAACCCUGUCGUACCGCCUGCUGCGAUGAUCUUGGAUGACGUCGACCUGAUUGUUCUGACGGAUGCCGUCCCUGUGACCGAAAUCGUUGAAGUCCCUGACGUCGUGACCAAGCCGAAAAAGUCCGCUAGCAAUAAGAAGUUCAACUCGCCUUUCUCCCCGGCAAAAGACGUCUCCGAGAUUAACUGGAUGGAUGUCGUGCGCCUUCCGACGAAAUCAUCGCCUGGGUCCACAGCGUCCACUUCCAGCUCGUCGUCGUCGAAGGCGCGCCGCUCGUUGUCGCCCGUGAAAUCGUCGUCUUCUUCGUUCCCUAUCCAGUCGUUGAAACCAAUCUCCUCGAUCCCUACAUUGUCGAUCAACACGUUCGUCGACGCGCCGUGUCUCUCGAAUGUUGAUCAUGCGACCACGAAGCCGGUGCUGUCUCGAUCUCGCUCGUCAAUCGCCGAUGGUCGAAGUUGGCGCGACGUCUUAGGUCCGCUCUCUCCGUCCCCAACGUCACCGCCUGUGCUAACCAAGACAACAUCGCUGGGCACCAUGGUGUACCCUCCAUUGCCGAAGGGCCCACCCCCACCGCUUCCUGCGACUCCCAUCGAAGUCGCUCCGGUCGCAUUGGCACAGAUUGUACAGCAAAUUGAGUUUUACUUCAGCGAGACCAACCUGCAGCGUGACCUGUUUCUGCGGCAGCGCAUGGACGUCCAUGGAUUUGUCUACGUGAACGUCGUGCUCAACUUUAACCGGGUGAAGGCAAUCACACAGUUGCAGAAGAUCGAGGUCGACUUGCCCAGCCUGAUCCGUGCACUGGAGCUGUCUCCGUGUCUGUCGGUCCAGUGCAAGCGACUUGCAUCAGGCGCGAUCGACCCCGAAUUUGUUCGACUAGCGAAGAUUCGGCCGGCCAAGGACUGGGCAGCGUGGGUGCCGGCGAACCCGCUGCCGACAAACCACCCGUUCGAGAUGCAUGCGAACCUGGCGCAGUUACGACGAACGGGGUUAUGUUCGCCCACGAGCAUUGCCCAGACUGCAUAGCACUAACUUUAACCGACACAUCUUGCUUCCU